CUGGAAACUAUCGUCUGUAAACGAACAAAUACAAUUUGCAACUGCAACGCAAAUACUCCACUACGACCAUUUUGAUUUUUCUUACGAGUUCUCUAUAACGAUUUGAAUAAGAUCCCAACUUUUCUUUAACUUCAUUUAGUUAAUCAUUUUUGUCUCUUACAGAUAAUCUACACACAAAAUGAUAACCUCGUAAUCCAAGUGGUAAAUCUUUCGACGUCCCCAUACAUUAACCGUCAUAUUACAUUCCUUCGCUUACAGCUCAUGGUUGUACAAAAGCUCCCAACUCCCUAACCAAACCAACGAAAUAUUUCGGCCAGCGGACAAUAUUGGAUGCUACACCUCUAGAACGGGCUAGCGUUCUACCAUUAAUUACCGCCAAAAGCCUAUUCCCGAAAGCGACAGAUUUAUGAUGUCCCGGCUAAGCACCACCAGGGCAGCACAAACAUCGUUCACACGCGACGAUUCAUGGGAACGUAGUAACCACAGGCAUCUAACAUCGAAACGUAAUGAAUGCAGAAGCUCACUCGCAAGCACAGGAAGCCGACCAAGUGCUGCGUGAUAUUGCGCUCAAGAACCUACAGCUCCGUCGGCUCACCAGUGUCCUGUUGGUUGAUUCCGAGUUUCUGCGUCUUUGCGACACGUUCGACGAAGCGAAGCGUACCUUUGAGCGGGCUGCUGCUGAUAACGUGGUUGAUCGAUUUUCCAUCGAUAGUGACACGGAGGAGGAUAUUAUUGCGUUACUGGAACUAAAGAUUAAAAUUUUGCAGCGUUCGGGGAAAAGUUGUUUGCAACGCAUUAUCAAAUACAACGACGCACGAAAGGAAGAUACACCGGAAUUGCAGGAAGCACAGUUCAAGGAUCGGCUACAGACAGCACUUGUACAACUUAACAAAAGUCACAGACGUUUUCGGCAGGGCGUUUUGGACAUUAGUUGGAGUGUUGGUGAUAUACGCCAACUUCAGGAUAUCGAGUCUCGCCUGCAAAAGACAGAUUUCUUGCAUAGUAUUGUGUGCAAAAACCAUUUGAACUGCUUGCAAGUCCUGCAAUCUACGAACCUUGACAACACCAUUGAGCUUAGCUGUGUUCGGUUACGGUUCGCGGUAAAUUCCUUUUUAGUUUUUGCACUCGUUCAGCUGUGUGAGCUUCUGGACACGAUGGAAAGUGAAGAGAGCGUCCGCCGAAUGCAUUCAAAGCUACAGGACGAGAUACGCCGCUCGUUGAAUGAUAUCCAGGUGAACGAAGAAGAGCUGGCAUCGCUUCGUCAGAAACUGUUCACCUCCGCCGAUAGUCUUACGGCACAGCGAACCAUCGCGAUUGAGCAGCGCGAAAAGCAAGGUCUCGAUCUGCAGGAACAUCUGCGUACUAUCGACCUGCUGGAACUAGAUCGUGAGGAAAUUGAAGGCCGCGUUACCCGACUGAUCGAAGAAAGGGAGGAAAUCCAGAAGCAGUUGGACGAGCGCCGACGCCUGCUUCACGAUGGUAUGCGUGAGAUUGUACGCCUAGAGCGUCUGAUCGAGCAGAUCGAGCGGGAAAUGUCGGAACGCACGGCAAAGUUCCAGCAGGAAGCGCAACGGCUCGAACAGCGACGGCUGGACAUUCUCAACGAUAAAACCCUCAGUCCCGAAGAACGAGCUCGAUUGUUGGCUGAGUGUGAUGCAGAGCUGCUUGAGCUGCGUCAAUCACACACCAGCAACAUUAAUCUGCUUGAAGCUCGCUGCGAUGAACUGAAACGUCUGUCCAAAAGUCUCGCCACAGACGUCGAAACCUUUCGUGACGAGGUGGCACGAAAGCAUCGUGAUCAACUUGCGGAGCUGGAAAGGCAGAAGCUCCUGGCUACUACUCCUUCCCAGAUAGCGCUGAUAGAGGCACAGAUCCAGCUGCAGCAGGCCGAAUUCAACGAGAAUCUCACCAUGUUGAGUCGUGCCCAAGCUCGCCCAGAGUACUUCUUCGACGAACAUGGACGCUACUAUUUCAACGAAGCUGGCGAACGCAUUUACAAGCGAGAUUCCUAUGCGUCUGAGUAUUGCCUAGGACCGGACGGUGAAAUGGUUAAGAUUUCGUCCGCCCUCAGCCUACAGACGGACGAAAAUGGCGUUUACUUUAUUGAUAAAUUCGGACAGAAAAUUUACCAGCAACAACACUUUGCCGACGCGGCUGGCGAAUACUAUCUCGAUGCAAGCGGUACACGUGUUUACACCGGAAAGUCGACUGAGCCAAUGUUGAGUGCAUCCAGCAAAUUCCCGUCUCCGUUCGAACGUACCCAACCACCUCAACCCACCGGUUCGACAGAAUCAUCCGGUGCAGAUGGCGAAUUUCUGCCGGAGUCCGAAUCAAUGCAAGAGCUGCGAGGACGUGUUGCAAACGAUGUGGCUUACAUUGAAGAAACCGUGGGAGUUGCGUUGCGGAAAGGGCUGGCAGCACUUUCCCGCACCCGACCGGACGAUCCUAUCGGGUAUCUGGCGGAUUACUUGGCGCUGUUUCAAAAGAACGCAAUGGAAACAAAGCGGCGACAGCAGCUGCUCGAAAGGCUUCGCUUAGAGGAAAGUGAUUGUAGAGCGGAAAGCCGGAUAUAAAUAUGUUCAAUGCGGACGGAUUUUCCUGAUUGAAAGUAACGCCAGGAAACCUAAUCCUGUUUUUUUUUUCAAUCAUUCGAUACGGGAUAGUGGUGUAUCGAAUUCUUGAUGAAGCGAUAGCUGUGCAAUGAAACGAGAGACAAAAUUGGUUGUGGAGUUCAAAUUAGUUGGUUCACUAAAUUUGAAUUUCUCUUGCCUUUUAUACGAUUUUCUUUAACCCAUUUGUUUUUUUUCUAAAUUAAGACUGAUAAAAUCAAGUCUAAUAACGAUGCCAAAUGCAAUUCAAAAUGGACCAAUCGAAAGUACUAUAUUAAAUAUACAUGAUUUUCACAUGUCAGUAGGGGCAUUAAAUGAUAUAUUUUCUUGCAUGCUCCACGGCUUUUGUGGUGUAAAACAAUCGGUCCCUGUAGUGGCAACCACACCAGGAAAAGCACGAUGAAAAUGCGACUGAAGUUUACAUGUCAACGCCAAAAAUGGUUGACCAUAUGGUACAAUAUUUGGGAUAAAUAUUAAUAAAUAAAUAUUGUUCGCCAUUGUUCCGCGCAUCGUACAACCAUGUAUCACCUUUUCUGACAUCCCGACAUUCCGAUCUCUACAAUGGCAAAUGGUUCGAACAUUAAUAUUGUCCCGUCUCUUUAAUGAACCUUUUUGCUUCAUGCUCAAUAUACGACAAAAAAAUGUGUUAAUCUUGCACAGCUGGACAUUUUACAACACGUACCGCUUUGGCACGUGGUAGAGACGUCCCGUUGAAGAGGGGUUAGUAAUAAAUUCUCUGUUUAUUGAUCUUUAAUCUGCUGACACAGGCUUUGGUGGGUUGUACAGAUAAUGGUUGCCGGAGUCCCAACCGGUAACACGCACCGGCAAACAAACGGUUCUACCUCCACAAAGUAGAAGCUAAUGCAAAAUGACAGCCCACAUCCGAACUGGUUCGAUCGUUCUGCAGGAUAGGGGAAUAAGCAAAGAUCAGGAUGGUAAA